UGGCGACUCGGUGGGGGAUUUGGUGGCGUUGCUUGUACGCGGAUGGAGGGAGCAGCUGCUGAUCUCUGACACAUUCCCCCCUAUAGAGGCUCCGCACUGCCACAGCGUACCGGGGCACGGUUCAUGCCGAGUGAUAAGAUUGCAUGGGUCCGGUUACGGGAAUGACUCCUGACAAGAACGUCGACACUCCCGGAGCAGAGAGAGCCGCAGGUUUGAGUCAAAUCGAUACAAUGGGUAGCCUGCCAGAAGAGGUCGGCGCAGCCAGGCCAAAGGCCUCUGCCGUGGACUGUGGCCCGGCAGACGAAGAGUUAACAAACUUGAACUGGCUUCACGAGAGUACCAACCUGCUGAAUAAUUUCAGCCUUGGAAGUGAGGGACUUGCAGCCAAUAAUCCAUUAUAUGACAUUGAAGGCGACAAUUCACCAUCGGGUUGUCGAAACGCGGAGAAGUCUUCUGCCUCCUCAAAACCUCCGUAUUCCUUCAGCCUACUCAUUUAUAUGGCGAUUGAACACUCCCCUAACAAAUGCCUGCCUGUGAAAGAGAUAUACAGCUGGAUCCUAGACCGGUUCCCUUACUUUGCCACGGCACCCACCGGCUGGAAGAACUCGGUCCGACACAACCUUUCUCUAAACAAAUGCUUUCAAAAAGUUGAAAGGAGUCAUGGAAAGGUAAAUGGAAAAGGAUCCUUAUGGUGUGUUGAUCCGGAGUAUAAGCCCAAUCUAGUCCAAGCUCUGAAGAAACAGCCGUUUUCUGCUGCACUUGCGUUGUACACCCCUCCUGCCUCCCCUACAAGUGCAUCUCCUCCCCAUUGUUUAUCUUCCGCUUUGAAACAGACUCAAGGACACGCCGUGAAAGAUUCUGACAUUGACGCUGCCACUGCAAUGAUGUUGUUAAACAGCUCUAUCAAGCAUGACGCUUCGGAUUGUGUUUGCUGCACUAUCAAAGAGAAUGUCAAGAUAGAGGGAGCCGAUGGCCAGAAACCUCAGCCUCAUAAGGCGGUACUGCCUAAGAAACGCAAUUACAGCAGCGCGUUCAAACACUGUGCGUCUCUGUCGCUUCAAGAGAGCGAUUCUACAGUCACCAACAUCGAUCCUAAAGAGGAUCACAACUACAGUGCCAGCGGCACAGACUCUCAGCGUUGCGAAUCGCGCUCCAGCGUGUCUUCCCUGUCCUCUGUCGACGAGGUGUACGAGUUCAUCCCAAAGAACAGCCGGGCAGGAAGCGAUGGCAGCGAAGGAUUUCACAGCGAGGACGACACCGAUAUGGACUACGAGGAAGAUGCACUUGGCGACAGCGGCUACGCCGCACAACCCUGUAUAAAUUCUAGCAAAGAACAGCAUGGCAAAAAACUGCGAAAAGAAGCCUGCCAAGAUAUCGACGACGAGCUUAAAGAGGCCGCAGGAUCGCUCCUCCAUUUAGCGGGAAUCCGCACUUGUCUAGAUUCUCUUUUAAAAACUGCGAAAGCUCAGUCCCAGAAGCAUAGAAAAUAGUGAGUCUGCCUGCCUGCAAAGUUUUUUUUUUUUUUUUUUUUGUUUUUUGUUUUUUUUCCCUGCCUCCAUCAACUCAAAGCGUGGCAAUAUUUUUUCAGCCAGUUUUUUUUUUUU